AUGGGAAUCUCCACUUGGAUGGGCUCGAGGGGCGGCUUGCUCCUUGGUGUCUGCCUGAUGUUCUUGUCGUGCGGUGAUGGGGGGAAGGUGCUGGUGCUGCCACUAGAUGGAAGUCACUGGAUAAACAUGAAGGUGAUGUUAGAGGAGCUUCAUUCCCGUGGACACUCCAUCACCAUCAUACGCCCCAACAGUAGCUGGUACAUCAAAGAACAGUCCCCUCUGUAUUCCACCAUCAACCUCCCGUCACAGGUCGACCUCAAGGACUUCUUAGGUGGAUUUUUGGAGCGACAACUGAAGGCACAGGUGGAAGGAGCUGCUGAUAUGACAAUUCUGAGCCAAGAGUUUCUCUCCAUUAUCACGCAGAUACAUAAGAUGUGGAUUGAUGAUUUAGCUUACAUAUUUAACAACAAACCUCUCCUCAAAGAGCUGGAGGAGGCCAGGUAUGACGUGCUGCUCACAGAUCCUGGGAUUGGGACGGGAGUGAUUCUGGCCAAGUACCUGCGUCUGCCGCUGGUGCUCAACGCUCGAUGGUUCCUGACGAUGGACGGACACUUUGCUCUGGCUCCGUCUCCUGUGUCCUUCAUCCCAAUGACCGGCUCAGGAUUCACCGACAGAAUGGACUUCUUCCAGAGAGUUAGGAAUGUGUUUUAUUACGGCAUCGCUCUGCUGCAUCAGUACACGGUCACUGUAGACUACAACGCUUUCUGUGAGAAGUAUCUGCUGGAGGGAUGUGACAUCAUCACACUCACACAGGAGGCCGACAUCUGGCUCUUCAGGUCUGACUUUGUCUUUGACUUUCCUCGGCCCACGAUGCCAAACGUCAUCUACAUCGGGGGAUACUCCUGUAAACCUCCACAGCCUCUGCCUUUGGAGCUGGAGGAGUUUGUGCAGAGCGCAGGAGAACACGGAGUCAUCGUCAUGACCCUGGGAAGUAUUGUCAACGCUUUACCUGAGAAACUGGCAGAAGAAAUAGCCAUCGCUUUCUCUAAACUGCCUCAAAAGGUGAUCUGGAGGCAUCUGGGGGAGCGGCCCUCCUCUCUGGGCAACAACACUCUGAUUGUGGACUGGAUGCCUCAGAAAGACCUGCUGGGACACCCUCAGACCAAAGUCUUUGUGGCUCACGGUGGGACCAAUGGCAUCCAGGAGGCCAUCUACCACGGCGUGCCCAUUCUGGGCAUCCCGCUGUUCUUCGACCAGUUUGACAACCUGCUGCGUGUGCAGGUCAGAGGAGCGGGAAGCAUCCUGCGCCUCAGUGAGCUGACGGGACAGAGCUUUAAGCAGAGGCUCAGGGAGCUGCUGCUGCAGCCUCACUACAGAGACAACAUGCAGAGACUGUCCCGCCUGCACCGGGACCAGCCCCUGUCCCCCAUGGAGCAGGCGCUGUUCUGGGUGGAGUACGUGAUGCGCCACAGAGGAGCCGCUCACCUGCGCACACAGGCCUACAGCAUGCCCUGGUACAGCUACUACGGCCUGGACGUCCUGCUGCUGCUGAUGACUGUUGUCAUGGCAACAAUGCUGUGUGCAGCAGGCCUUCUGCGACUGCUCUGCGGCAGGAGACGCAACAAACUCAAACUGCAGUGA